GACAGCCCUCCCUCCAGUCACCUCUCAAAUGAGGGGCACAAGCAACCGGUGCCCCCUUUCUUCUUGCAAAUGAGUAAACUGAAGUCCCCACGUCCCUCACGAGGACAGAGGACUCGUGCUUCCAGUCGCGGCUCUUUCCGCUGCACAUUUCAGGAGUUCACAAAGUCACCAAGGCAGGGCACUCGUGCACGUGUGCGGGGGGCAACGUAGGGCCUCACCACGAAUUACCCGAACGUCAUCCGGGCCGGUGGUCGUCUGCGCUCGGCAGGCCAGGUGCACCGCUAAGAGACUGCUCAAGGGCACUGGGGCUGGUGGCCUUGAGGAUGCAUUUAAGAGACGUGUGGAGCACCAACCGUGCCGGGGAGACCCUGGAGAACAAAGGCGGCACCUUGUGGCGAGAGGUGGACACAGACCGGUGACCGGGAGAUGGUGACUUAGUGUGAUUAAGGUGCCAUGAGGGCAACGGGCCAUAGAGAGCUCAGAGGAGGCACCUGACCCAGCCUGGGUGCACCCGGGAAGGCUUCCUGGAGGAGGGGGUGUUGCACCAAAGCUCCGAAGAGUGAGUAGGAAUGAGACGGGGAGAGUGAGCCUGUUGGGAGUGACUUGGGGUACAGAAGGGGCGUUUCUGGUGGAGAAACAGCAAGUGCAGAGGCUCGGAAGAGAGGUAGAGGGUGGUGGAAGAGAGCUGGUGUCUUCCCACCAGGGCUCGUUGGCCAGCAGGCAGCCCCGGGGCCAGCCUGUCUCCUCCCUCUGCCCAUCCCCGGCCCCCUGGGGCGGCUGCCCUCUCAGAGCUGAUCGGGUGUCUGAGCUGAGCACUUGGAGCUGCCGGUGUGAGCUGGUGGCCCAGCUGGGAGCAGGUAACUGGAGCCAGCGGUGGGCGAGGAGGCCAGAGUCACUGGAGUUGCAGGAGGUGGCCUAGGUGGAAGAGAACCAUCGGACGCCGGCCAUGAAGACCCUCCGGGCACGAUUUAAGAAGACAGAGCUGCGGCUCAGCCCCACUGACCUUGGCUCCUGCCCGCCCUGCGGCCCCUGCCCCAUCCCGAAGCCGGCAGCCAGAGGCAGGCGCCAGAGCCAGGAGUGGGGCAAAAGUGAUGAGCGUCUGCUGCAGGCUGUGGAGAGCAAUGACGUAGCGCGGGUGGCCGCCCUCAUCACCCGGAAGGGGCUGGUGCCCACGAAGCUGGACCCCGAGGGCAAGUCCGCAUUCCACCUGGCUGCCAUGAGGGGUGCAACCAGCUGCCUAGAGGUGAUGCUGGCUCACGGUGCCAACGUCAUGAGCACAGAUGGGGCAGGUUACAAUGCCCUCCACCUGGCCGCCAAGUAUGGGCACCCACAGUGCUUGAAGCAACUGCUACAGGCGUCCUGCGUGGUGGAUAUUGUGGACAGCAGUGGGUGGACGGCCCUGCAUCAUGCAGCGGCCGGUGGCUGCCUCUCCUGCUCAGAAAUGCUUUGCUCCUUCAAGGCACGUCUGAAUCCCCGAGAUCGGUCAGGUACAACGCCCCUUCUCAUAGCGGCUCAGAUGUGUCACACAGAUUUGUGCCGCCUUCUCCUGCAGCAGGGGGCAGCUGCAAAUGACCAGGACCUCCAGGGCAGGACAGCCCUGAUGCUGGCCUGUGAGGGGGCCAGCCCCGAAACAGUGGAGGUGCUGCUGCAGGGUGGGGCCCAACCAGGCAUCACCGACGCACUGGGCCAGGAUGCUGCUCACUACGGAGCCCUAGCAGGAGACAAACUCAUCCUGCACCUCUUGCAGGAGGCAGCCCAGCGCCCUUCACCACCCAGUGAGGAUGACUCAGGCGAGGCAUCAUCUCAGAACUCUGUGUCCAGCCAUGAAAAGCGAGGGGCUCCCAAGAAGCGGAAAGCACCUCAGCCCCCUGCCAGCAUCCCCGUGCCGGAUGAUCAAGAUGCCUACGAGGAGAUCGUGCGGCUGCGACAGGAGAGGGGCCGCCUGCUGCAGAAGAUCCGGGGCCUGGAGCAGCACCAGGAACAGAGGAAGCAGGAGCUGCCAGAGGCAGAGGCCAGCUCCCUCCACAGCCUGGAGAGACAGGUGCAAGAGCUGCAGCAGCUGCUGGCUGAGAAGCAGGAGGAGAAGGAGAGCCUGGGACGGGAGGUGGAGAGUCUGCAGAGCCGGCUGUCCCUGCUAGAGAAUGAGCGGGAGAACACCAGCUAUGAUGUGGCCACUCUGCAGGAUGAGGAGGGCGAACUGUCUGACUUUCCAGGGGCCGAGGCUCUGCUCUCCAAACGGCUAAGCCCCUCAGCCCAGGAGCUCUUGGCCUCACUGCAGGAGCAGGUGGCUGCACUCACCAGACAAAACCAGGAGCUGAUGGAGAAGGUCCAGAUCCUGGAGAGCUUCGAGAACGACGAGAUGGAGGUGAACGGCUCGGCCGAGGUCGUCCCUCUGGCCCUCUACGACUGUCUUCGGGCUGAGUUCGACCAGCUCCGCAGGCAGCAUGCCGAGGCUCUGCGGGCACUGGAGCGGCAGGAAACAUGGGGCGCCCCUGGGGAGGGCAGGGCCACGGGAGGCAAGACCACCAGGAAUGGGCCAAUGGAAAUGGAGCUGGACGGCGCCACGGCUCUGGGAUCCAAAGUGAACGGAGCUGAGACCACAGACGAAGGGGCGACAGGCGUGGAAUCUGUGGAAGCAGCUUCUGUGGGGGCUGAGGCCACAGAGGCAAAAUCCACGGGGGCCGAGGCCACAGAAACAAAACCCAUGGACACCGAAGCCACAGAAACAAAACCCAUGCGGGCCAAGGCCACAGAACCCGAGGCUCUGGAAGAGGGAGGAAAUCCAGAGGCAAAGGCCACGGGGGGCGAGGCCACAGAACCGGAGGCUCUGGAAGAGGGAGGAAAUCCAGAAGCAAAGGCCAGGGGAGCCGAGGCCACAAAGCCGAAAGCAGAGGAACGGGAAAUGAGGGCCAGCAGAGCAGGCGGCGUGGAGGCCGAGCCUGCAGGCGCAGAGACCACGCAUGUGGAGGCCACAGCGGUGGGGGCCGCAGUCCCGAAGGCCUCCCCGGGCCCGGUCCUCCACCCUGGUGCUGCAGAGGCUUCCGAACAGCUGCAGGCAGAGCUGGAGACCCGGAUUCGCGGCUUGGAGGAGGCACUCUGGCAGCGGGAGCGGGAGGCGGCCGCCGAGCUGGAGGCGGCCCACGGCAAGUGCCAGGCCGUAGAGGCGGAGGCCGGCCUGCUCCGGGAGCGGGUGCGCCAGGCUGAGGGCGGCGAAGCUGCUGGGGGCAGUGACGUGGUCCAGCUGCGGGCCGCCCUGGAGCAGGCCCGGGAGGACCUCGGAGUGCGGGACGCCCGCCUCCGGCAGCUGGAGGCGGCCUCAGCCUGGCUGGACGAGGCCCGGGCUGGCCGGCUGCUGGCCGAGGAGGAGGCCCGGGGCCUGCGGGCAGAGCUGGAGCGGCGGGAGGAGGUGCGGCUGGAGCAGAGCCGGGAGCUGCAGGUGCUGCGGGAGCAGCUGGCCACGGCCACCGCCGCCGGGGAGCGGCAGCAGGCUGUGGCCGCUGAGCUGGGCCGAGCACGGGAUGCAGCUGAGGCCCGAGCGGCUGAGCUGGCCGCCGCCUGCGAGGAGGCUCGGCAGGGCCUGGCCGAGCUGCGCGAGGCUUCCGAGGCCCUGCGUCAGUCGGCGGUGCCGGCCUCCGAGCACCGCCGGCUGCAGGAGGAGGCCCUUGAGUUGCGGGGCCGGGCGGCCAGCCUGGAGCGGGAGGUGGUGGCCACGGGCAAGGAGGCCGCCCGGCUGCGGGCCGAGCUGGAGCGGGAGCGUGUGGGGGGCGUGGCCAGCCUGGAGCACGAGCGCAUCGUGGGCGCCUUGCAGGCUGACGUGGCCCGGCUGGAGGGGCAGCUGGAGGAGCUGGGGCGACGGCAUGAGAAGACCAGCGCCGAGGUCUUCCAGGUCCAGAGGGAGGCGUUGUUCAUGAAGAGUGAGCGGCACGCGGCCGAGGCCAAACUGGCCACAGCAGAACAGCAGCUGUGGGGGCUACGGACCGAGGCCGAGCGGGCACGCCAGGCCCAGAGCCGCGCCCAGGAGGCCCUGGACAUGGCCAAGGAGAAGGACAGGAAGAUCACAGAGCUCUCCAAGGAAGUCUUCAGUCUUAAGGAGGCCCUGAAGGACCAGCCAGCGGCCCCAGGCACCCCUGAGGUGGAGGCCCUCCAAGGCCAGGUCAAGGCCUUGCAGGAGCAGCUGAAGCAGGCUGCCAGGAACCACAGUGCAGUGGUGGCCUUGUAUAGGAGCCACCUCCUGUAUGCCAUUCAGGGUCAGAUGGAUGAAGAUGUGCAGCGGAUCCUGAGCCAGAUCCUACAGAUGCAAAGACUCCAAGCUCAGGGCCGCUGAGCACCACAGCACUGACCCUCUGCCCGCCAGGCUCACGCGUGGGGGCGUCCAGGCUCACGCGCUGACCUUCUAAGCUCGGACACCAGCCUGGGCCUUCUCUACUGUACUUAGCUGCGUCCACUGCCCCACUGGUCCCCACAUGCACUGGCCGGUGUCAUCCCCAGCCCUGACUGUGCCCCCGCCCCAACCGGAGAAUCUGUGAGCCCCCUCUCCCAUGUCUGGUCCUGUCGGUCCUGUAACCGGGCAGCACCCCGGACCCUGGGAAUAAAAGCUCUCAGAGCAGA